AUGGCGAGGCCAAUGUUGAUCACUGUCCUCGCCAUACAACUAUCCUUGUCGUACCUGCCCACUACCGUGACAGGCAGUUAUGUCCCUUUUUUGGAUCUCCUUCCACGAGCCAAUGCAGAUUGUCCUGCUUCUUACACAUCCUGUGGGAACAGUCAGCUGCCGCCAAAUUUCUGCUGUCCAACCUCAACGACGUGUAUCAGCUUGGAUAACUCGAGCUCCGCCAUCUGCUGUCCCAGCGGGAGUGAUUGCUCAUUUAUCAAGCCGAUUACCUGCGAUAUCCAGGCACAGAAUGCUACUGCCAAUCCAGAGGCGGCCUUGAAGACGACGCGACUGACUGACAGUCUUCCGAAAUGCGGGGGUUCCUGUUGUCCCUUCGGAUAUACCUGUCAGGAUGGCAGCACAUGUGCUCUCAUCAAAGAUACCUCGUCGGAGGCUCCCUCGUCUACUCAGUCAUCCGCUUCAUCCGCUUUAUCUACUUCAUCUACAUCUGCUUCAUCUGCUUCAGCUACUUCAGCUCCUUCAGCUCCUUCAGCUACUUCAUCCACUGCGGCACCUACCUCCACUUUGUCGAUAGUUCCUUCCUCAACGCCGACAUCCUUUGCUGGUCUCGCUCCGAACUCAACCCAGAUAACACAAACGUGUCCCGCGUUUCCUGUGACAGCGGUUGUUGCUGGCUUCUUCCCUGGCCUGGUAUCCGGGGCUCUGGCUGCUGCUAUCAUAACGAUAUGCUUAAGACGACGAAAGCAGACGGAAACGUCGAAACAGGCUCGUCUCCGCCGCCGGUCGUCAGGUGGAACGAUUAUCGAUAUAUCGGACCCCAUGCCCUCAGACGUCCAGAGUACAUUCAGAACGGACUUUCUUCUCCGUAAGGGCAGCAGCCGGUAUCCAGACAGUGUCAGGUCGAAGUCUAUACUGCGUCGAACCGGAACUCGUGUGAAGAGUUUCUUUGGUUCCAAUCCGAGUCCCAAACUGAACGGGGGUUCAUCAGAUCCUUCUCCGCCUCCGCCACCGGUCCCCGUCACACCACCGCAACAGAUCCGUCCACGUCAGCCCAGCACGGAGAGCAUCAAGGUGUACUCUCCUGCGAGCAUGCUUGCGAGUUCAAACUUGCGACCGGGGGUUCCGAAUACCCAACCAGACCGGCCGAACACGACGUUUAGCGAGGUGAUGGAAAAGGUUGGGUUUCAGAACCAAAGAGGCGAGCCUUAUUUUAGGGUCACAGAGACUCCAGCACCACAAAGUCGGAGUCCACUGAGAAACGGAUGA